CAGCGGUUUUCCGUUUGCUUCGUUUCAGCAAAUGUUGCGUAAAUGACACCCAUACAUAAAUAGCUCUACAGGUGUUACAUGUAUUAGUUUUCGAUUUGUUUGAGAUUCAUUUGGCUACCUUAUAAUUUAGGACCAUGAAUGCGCAACAUUUGACGACCGUCUUGUUUGUGCUAUGUACGUUUGCUUCGGGUCAGGGUAGCUUCUUCCAAAAUGAGACUGACCUGGUUGACGCUAUGGUUAGCGCUGUGAUGGGAUGCAAAAACAUUCCAGGAAUGAGUGUGUCGAUGGUUCGGGGAGACGAUUUUUUUGCUAAAGGCUAUGGUCACGCUCGCUUGGAUCCGCCUCUCAAUUGGACCUCCCAGACUCCGGCCUACCUUGGAUCCGUGGGGAAAGCCAUUACUUCAGCCUUACUGGGUAUUCUUAUGACCGAACAAAGGAAUAGAGCGGACAGUUUUGACUGGAAUACCAGGCUGUACAACAUAUUUGGAUCUAACUUCCGACUGAGUGGCGCUCGAUCUGCGAUGACAAUCAAAGACCUGUUGAGCCACCGGACUGGACUCAGUGAUACUGAUGUGUAUACUGAUAUGACGAAGAUAGGUCGCGCAGAAUUCCUCAAGAGGCUUAAGUAUUUGCCGAGUCUCGGUGAAUUUCGUAACUCGUGGAUAUACAACAAUCUCCUUUACGCCAUGGCAGGCCAUGUCGCACAAGUGAGAACUGGCCAAGGAUAUGAAAACCUGAUAAACAAUAAGAUCAUAGGUCCUCUAGGAAUGAGACAAGCGUCUUGUGGGACGAUGAUAUACCCAACAAGCUCCCAGACCAAUUACGCACUUCCGUAUCAUUUAAAGAACGGGAAGUUGGAGGUCGGAGAUUCUCGCAUAUACCAGAUUGGUGACCUAGUACCCGCCGGUUGUUUGAUUGCUUCAGCAGAGGAUCUCGGGAAAUGGGUCCAAUUCAUGGCUUCCGGUGGCAAGAAUGCGAACCAGGCACAACUGAUCCACCCCGAUCUUUUCCGAGAGAUCAUUAAUCCUCAGAGGCUGCUCGACGAUUUGUCAGUUAGCAGGUUCAGUUUGGAUAGUGAUUACCCCGUCAAUGCCUCGGGCACCUGGUACGGUCUGGGCUGGUAUGGCGGAGACUACAGGGGUCACAAACGUCUCUUUAACCCGGGAAAUCGGUACGGAUAUUCCGCGGUCGUUGGAUUUUUCCCGGAUAAAAAUGCAGGGUUUUCAAUCUCCAUAAACGGUCCGUGGUACAAUAAUUACCGCACCGACCUGGCACCCCUCUCCUACGUCCUGUCCGACAUCAUUCUCGGAGAGAGCCAAUGGCUGGAUAACAACACCAUCUGCAGUUUCCCUGCUCCAUGGAAGAACCCGGCGUCUAAUUCGUCAUCAACCACGACUCAGCCACCUGUUGAAUCCGUGCCGAUCGAAUCAAAAACACAGUAUCUUGGGACCUACGGAAGUCGUGUUUUCGGUACAAUGACAAUCGGACAGAUAAACGACCAGGUCCUUUCCUUUCAGAUGAAUUCUGCUGGAAUCGGCAAUCUUUCCAUGAUAUCACGGGCUCACGGAACAUUCCGGAUGAUCUUUAAUGAACUCUUGAACGAUGUCGUGGGUUCGGAUUGCAGUUUACAGUUCAUUUCGUACAAUGGUACGGUAUACGGUUCGGUAAGGGUGCUGUACGAGUGCUUUUAUACAGUUUACGAUUACCACAGGGGAGUAAAUUUCGUAGCAUUAGAAGACAAACCGUCGUCUACAUCUGCAUCUGCAGCGGCAUCACUGUCAAAAUGGUCUACUCUUAUUUUCUGUCUGUUUGUCGCACUUCCGUUAAUGCGCAGUGGAGAACUCGCCUGAUAUUGGAAUAUUCAUUCAUCGCUGACAAAUCCCAUAAUUUUUUUUUUUAUGAAUCCUUUAAAAGAAUAAAGAAAAGGACAGUUUUAGGCCAUAUGAUAAUUUAUGCAUUUUCUAAUGAAUACUAAAAAAUGAUAAUAGUGAGGAACACUAAGGAUUCGGGAUAUAUGUAUUUCAGGAUCCAAAUCUUAAUAUAAUAUUGACAAUGUACAUUUCCAAAUAUGUCUUCUUAUAUUUUUCUUCUUAAUUUUUGCUUUUUUCUUAUUUUGCUGUUUUACAUAGGAGAAUUGCCGUUAGAGCGUGGUAUACUUUGAUAUUUCUUCGGUGUAAUAAAUCAGAAACAAACAUAUGCUAGAAACUGUUCUGGUUAAUCCUGUUUUUUUUUAUAACAAUUUACGUCACUGAACUUACCUGCAAGAAUCAGCCGACAAAUCUUAAGGAUUUUUAGGAUUGUUUUUGAAGUUAUAAGCGACCCUAGUGACUGGAGCGAGCUUGUAAAAAUGACGAAAAUUGCUUUCUAUUAAAAGCAAUAUGAGCUGCAAUUUUCAUGUUGAAUUUUUUUUUUUUACGAUAAUGUUAUUUUCUACUAAAAUGACAAAAAAAAUUCAUGGCUUUUAAAUUUCUGUUAGCCAUAUUUUGUGGGAGAAGCCAUUAAAAGCCUAAAUUGGAACAAAAUUGAAUCAUUGUCGUUCUGUACAAAUUUUGAUUUGCUAUAUAUUCCUUAAAAGAGGAAUAUUUCUUUUGACAAAAAUAAAUGAUUUUUUUUUCAAAUCUUAUUCAUGAUAAAAGUCUAAGUUAUAUGCAGACUUAUCAUACGAAUAGGUUUUUGCACCAAAAUAAUAUUCUAAAAAAUACAGCUCAUAUUGCUUUAAGUAUUGUAUAUGUAUAUUUAUACAUGUACAUUUAUAAGGAGUAUCUGUUAAUUUUUUAUUGGACAAAUCGAUAAGAAAAAAGAAAAAGAAAAAGUUUUAUCUGCAAGGAGGUUUAGGGAUCCUUUUAUUGUAACAUACUUUCUCGGAAAAUAAACAAUGAAAAUUACCUA